GGCGGUCAGCCCGACUCAGGUUGGCGUCUAACCCCUUUUAGUCAUUAGUCGCCCUAGCCACGGAUGUCGGUUCCAAGGGAUCGACCGCCUGUCUCCACGGGCAACCACUAGAAAACAGGUGCGUCGUGUGUCUAGAUUCGAAACCUAGACACGCCCUUUCCUCACUACUUCGCCAAACCCUCACCUUACGGCUCUGUUCGACCUCCAAAUCCCAUCUCGAUAAUCAAUAUCCACGUAUCUGUCAGUGUAUGAAAAGCACUGUUCCGUAUCCGCCACCAUGCUGGCCCUCCGCGACCAGGAGAAUCUAGUACACGCUCAUCAGACCGUUGCUGCGUCCAAACCUCUAAACCAAAGCGCCAAAUCUCUGCAGCCCAAAACCCCAGGAGCUCGCGCACCGAAAACCCCAUUCAAGGUGCCAUUGAACGACGAGAAUGAUCCGUUGGCAUUUGGAAAGAAAACGGUGAAGGGACUGGGUAAACAGAAUGGAAAUGCCAAACCAUCCGUGAAGGAUGCUUUUGUUACACCAGUGGCGGAUACUCGCCAGCGCGCCCCCCUGGGCAUGAAAACGACAAAUGCGAAAGCGAGAGGUCUACAAACCCCCGCGCCUCCCGCCGGGACUGUGAAGCCGGAGAGGACAGGCAAAAGAGGCUCCUCACAGAGAGUCAAAAAGUUUACCCCGCUCGUGGAACAGAGCAAGCUCGAGGUAGGGGAUAAACCAGCAGAGGAUGAUGUCCCUGAUAUUGAGUAUAUGCCACCUAAGCCUAAAGAGCUUCCAGAUGUUCCCGAUGAGAUUACAUAUGACACCACAUUCCCUCAGUUUCAACCGAAGAACUUAGCCUUGGGGUUAGAGACAGUUUAUGGAAAUACCGAGAUUGGACCCGAUGGUCUUACAAAAAGGGAGCGCAAGCUUCAAGAGGUCUCUAUCGCAUAUGACAAAAUGAUAGAUGACAUGAUCUUGAAACAAGUCGAGAGCAUUGGCUUCGAGGAGCCUAGUGAUGCGGAGCGGCACGGCGAACCUUACGUGGAGGAGGCACCCCAGCAUCGCAUUGAAACGCGUCGCACGCGGGCAAUGAGCUCUCGGGGAAAGCAUACUAGCAAUAUCCCAACUGUUCGAGCUCGUGAUGCAGCCGCUGCUCUCUCCGGAAGCGAACGCACCCUCCGACCGAGACCAGUUUCCGUGCCCAAGCCCAAAUCGAGAAUCGCAUCGUCCUUGUUUCCGUCCAAAAAGCCCAGGGUGCCGACUAACCCAUCCUCAAUGUACCACAUAGCGGCCGCAGCAAACUCUAGAACGACCCUAGGGUACACGAAGGGCCGGGACGUGUCAUCUAAGCUACAUGGCAAGGCGACCACCACUACUAAAGAACAGGCAGUUCAUCACGGAAUCUUCGCCCCCGACACUUACCUUCGGCCUUCCGGGACUCCACCUCUGGAGACCAAUAUAGGGACCUUUUCACGCGAAGAUGAUCAGUUCACCACUGACCUUGAGGAAGAGCUCCCGGUGUACGAGGAAGAUGAGGAAAGCUUGAAUUUUCAGCUGACCUUGUAAGCUCUACCAGCACAAAUCCAUAUCCCGGAGUAAACGGUCAGCGUGUUCAUGGUUCUGUUUUUCAUUUUUUCUUCCUUUUUUUAUGGGAUUAUGAUAUAGUUUUAUGGUAGGCUGGGAUGGUGGGACGGUACGUUAUUGCAUGAUACAGGACUUCCGCGGGGCGUUUUAUGAUUACAUGUGUGUGUUGAAGUAUCGCGGGGUUACG